AUGGCAUCCAGUGACUAUGAAAGUGACUCAUUCUCCAACAACACCAAACCCUCCCCACCACAAAAGGGGACCAGUCUUCAGCCAGCUGAAAUUGAAAUUCUUGAUGCUGAGCUAGAGUCAUGGAAAAAUGCCAACCAAAACAAGAAGAGCUCUAUCAUGUUAACCCUCAGAAACAAAAUAAAAAACCUUGAUGCCAAUGUGAUGCUGAAAAUGCAUGAAUGGGUUUGGAAGAAGAAGGCUCUGAUCAAAUAUGGUGGUGGUUGGACACUGAGGAAGGUGGUCAUGCACUGUCAAAAGAAAUCAAUCAACAAAGUGUUGGAAAAAGCCAGGAUCAAGCAGGGAUCAGCAGAAAUGAUCAAGUCUUAUCAGAAGGCCAUUGACACUGUUAUGAAGUCCCUUACUGCCAAGGAGAUACAAGAGGCUGAGGCAUUGGUCAUAGAAUGGAAUGAGCAGCAGCCACCCUGGGAUGUUCAAUCAGAAACCACAGAGAAGAAAGGCCAUAAAUAUGCUGAGGAAUUUGAUAAGGAAAUGUGGAAGCAGUGUGGGUCCAGGGUGGUAGUGAUGGCAGCAUGGGAAGAUGCUGAUGGAGAGGUGAUAGUUGGAGUACAUGACUUCAACAAUGAAUUGGGUAAUGGCAAAUUAUUUGAGGAGUUGGACAAGUGCCAGGAUAAAUUUGCAAAGUAUGCACAAAUGGCAUUUGGGAAUGGCAGCACCAAUGCUGAGUUGCCAGACAAAGAUGCCACUCCAUGGUCAAGGCAGAGAAAGAGCAAUGGGAAACCUAAAACCAUCCUGCCAGGAAGAGCUGAGCCAACUUACCCAGGAUGGGUUGACAGCAAUCUUGGAAUGGUGGCAAGAGUGAAAAGAGCAGCAUCCCAACAAUAUAUUUGGCUUCGAGAAGUGGAGAGAUGCUGGAGGGUCCCUCCAAAUGCCAGUGGCAGAGGCCAACAGCAGUGGAGCAUGGAUGGAGUAGGAGGAAGCAGUGACAGCAAACAGCAAUAUUAUCUAAUGGGGGACAAAGUUGUAGGGUCUGAUUCUGAUGAUGAAUCCAAUCUCUAUGGAAAUGAUGGUAGAGGAACAAGCAUGGUGGAUGAAGAUGCUGCAGAGGCAGUAGCAUCACUGGAUUACCCACAGCAGAUUGCCAGAUGCCAAGUAGCUGAGGGCAACACCUGCCAGCCAAUUGCCAUUGGCAAGGAACCACCAAAUGCUGGGCAGCAUGUUGUGGGCAGCAACACAAGCACUGCACAGCCUAUGCCAGAAGGCCACCACACUGAUUUGCCUGAUUCUGUCCAGCUGGCAGAUCCUUUGGUAGUGCCAACAACUAUCAAGAGUGCCCAUAAACAGGAAAACUCAAAGCACAAGUUCCCCAUUCCAUCAAUGAUACCCAUGCACUGGACUGGCAUAGACAAUGUGAGGGGUAUGUGGCAUUCAAACUGGGUGCAGAAGGUACCAAAGUGGCCUGAUGAUGACUUUCCUACUCCUAGUCCCUCCAAGAAAUGUAGGUGA